AGACGCGACGACUGGCCUGAACCGAGGAACUUCAGUCUGCGCACGACAGACUUCACAAGGAAACUUGGCGAGGGUUCUUGCCUUCCAUAUGACCAGUAUUCCUUACGGUACGAUAAAACCGACAGUUAGCCAAUCACAAAGCAAUGAGACAAAGAAAUUGACCAGAAUGGUACAAGCGCUUACCAUGAUUGUAUGGCCCAGGAGACAAGCCACUUUCAUUGUAGCAAGGUUGGUAUUCUAUUGGGUGGCGUAAUCAUAUAUUGGACUCUGGCAGAAGGGAAGUAUGUUCUUCCUCGUCUCAAGUUCAUGCUGUCCUCCUACCAGUAUCUUCAAGACAGAACUGUAUACAUUCAACCACACAACCAGCUUACGAAUUGAACCGUCGAAGUUCAGAGUAAUAAUCAAUAUAACUUCAAAGAUACUUUCACAUAAAGACUGUGGAUACAGUUCAGAAGAUAGUCUUGCUCUACGAUAAUAGUAAUAAUACUCUGCUGAAGCUCAUACUUGGGCGUAAGUCAUACGAUUUGAGAUGUGGAUGAAAGCGAAGAUGGAGCAAAAUUAGG